AUGGUUACAAUUACCACAAUCGUCAGUCACAGCCCCCACCAGUCACAUCCACGACCUACCUACCAUCCACAUCUUGCUAUCUACCCACGACCCAUCUACCAUCCACAGCCCCACUUCACGCGUCACCAGUACACAGUUCCAUCCUGCGCCGUGAACACCACCAAGACCUGGUGCCUUGAAGAUGCCAAUUAUCCCACUGAUGAUGUUCAACAGGCCAUCCAAAAGCACCACUACGUCUUCACCACCCUCUACGCUGACGUCGGUACCCUCACUACUGAACACUCCGUCGGACGUCCUAAGACCCUUCAGGAGGAGAUGUACCUGUGUCCCUCAGACACCGCCUACGUUAAGCCUCUACGUGUCCAAAAUAAUGAAGGCAAGUGGCGGGUCAUUGUCAACAACGUCAAGGUUAACUAUGAAACAUACACUCAGACGGCACGAGUUGAGGAAUGUUUAACAGCUGGGGAAAACUGUCAGAUAGUUCCAUUGUGUUACGAGUUCAAGUGCCUGCAGAAGUCCAUCUACCACCGCUUCCUCGUCUACGACCCCUAUGACCAGUACUUCCCCUUCGCCAUCGAGACCUUCAAGCUGCCCGCCAGCUGCGAUUGUCUCCUAAUGAGAGGCUAA